AUGGCAAGAGUUUCUCCCUACCCAUCAACAGAACCUCCAGCCGAAACAAGUUUGCUUAACUUUCCAGAGAAAUUAUGGUGGAUAGUCAAUAAUCCCAAACGUGAAGAAAUUCACUGGACUUCUGAAGGUACAAGUAUUGUUAUACCAAACACUCGAAAAUUUGUCGACGAGAUUCUAAAUAGUCCAUCGAGCGCGCUUUUCAAGACGAAGAAUUUCUCGAGUUUUGUUCGACAGUUAAACUUGUAUGGCUUUCGCAAAGUCACUGAAUACCCCAAAAAGACAGUACAUUCUCCACUUUUGGUACCUUCCAAGUGUGAGUUCAAGCAUACUUUUUUUCGCAAAGGAAGGCGAGGUAAGAUGAACGUACUGUUUUGAUUUUUGUUUGUUUGUUUGUUUAAUUUGUUUUGUUUUGUUUUGCUUAAGUUGUUCAUGUCUGUUUUCUUUAUCGUUCUCUUCUUUUGUUUUGUUUUGUUUUGUUUUUUUUUUUGUUUCAUUGUUUGUUUCCUAGAUCGUUAAUCAGGAAAUCAAAAUCGUUUUCGGGAAUCCGGCGAAAUGUCGUUGGUUUGAAAUGCACGCCUGAACUCAAACUAAAAACAAAACUGAGUGUGCUAAAUUACAUCCUUCUCAAUUCCUUGGUUUAGUUUCCGCUCUUAGACUUGUGGCUCUCCUAACCAACUCACCGAUGACCAGGCAAAAAAUAAAAAACAAACGAAUUGCAUUAAAAGAAAAGAACACUUUUUCUAUAUUUCUCUGAAAGCAGCUUUUGGGAUUGAUCAAAAGUCUGUACAUUUAGAUUAUUUUGAUAUCUUUACCGUAGAAAAACAACAACAACCGUAAAACCUGGCUUGUGCGCUUUUCCUCUCUGCAGAUCUCUUAGUCAACGUUAAAAGACAGUUAUACACACCGAGAAAAUCCGAGGACAAGCAACAGAGAAAACCAGCCUCUCUCUUCAAAGAAAAACAGUCUGAUUCCAUUUCGCCGACCCUCUCUUGGAAUCCUACUCUGUAUACACCUAUGCCAUUUAUCCCCUGGCAAGCUUCGUUUCAGAUGCCGCUCACUCUUUACGCGCCGUUUUGCAAUGCAUAUCAGUUAGCACAAUUGCAACAGGGACCUGUUGCCGGUGUUACAAAUUUCCAAGGACUGGGGAUACCUGGGCAGCUUCAACAGAGUCCCACGAAUACCCUAAUGGGAAGUGAUGGGAGUGUAAAUUCUGUUCCCUCAUUUACUCCACCUCAACUAGGGGCUGCUGGAGGUGUUGUGUUUUUGCCAUCCCAUGGAAAUCUGCCCGCAACAGCUACUUCUGAAGGUAAAUUACAUGUAUUUCUGAUCAAUGUACUGUAAUUCGAUACAACAUUGUAGAUCAAUUAGUCGAUGGAUUGACUGUGAGAUGGAACAUUAGCUGUUCCAAACUGUCGGCUGCUUUGAGUGACACAGAGUCGAUUUAUAUGAUUGAAGAACGUCAAUUGAUUUACUAAAUGAAUGUGAGAGAGUGAAUGAAUUAAUCAGUGAACGACUUUCUGAAUGGCUAACCAAUCAACCAUCUCAUCAACUGUCUCGUUCACUGACUGGCAGGCUGACUAUUUGACCAAUCGACUUUCUGGUAGACUGACUGGUAAGCUGAUCUAGCUGAAUGAAAUCAGUUGAACGGGCUGACCAAAUGAGUGACUAACUGGAUAAGUGACUGAAUGACUGCAAUAAUAUAGAUCGUUUUCACCGUCACGCAACAAAAAAUUAAAUUGGAAACCGUCCAGUGGAAGAAACCAAGAAAAUGAAAUUUUAUAGAAGACUAAUAUAUAAACAAUUUGUCCAAGUCUCAGGUCUUUGUGGCCCAUAGUUUCUGAGUUAUUUGGCGAAACGUUUCACGCACCUUUGUAGAGCUUUGUAUGGAGACGCCAUAUUGGUGCACCGUUUUGGUGCACCAAUAGGGAACUUAAGAUGGAGACGUUUUCGGGGCGACGGCGACCGGACUGGCAGAGAAAGCCUGGAACUAAGGCAGCCGUCGCUUCCCGUCAAAAAUAGAACAUUAAGAUCGCAGUGAACUCAGAAGGACGGCGCCUUUAAUUAGAAGAAUACCGAAGAGGAAAAUAUGGCUUCACAUAAAGAAUUAAGAGAAUAAAUAUUUGCUAUGCAGACAACAUGUAUCGGAUGAAGAGUUUCUCGUUUUGUGGGAAAAUUAUGAGUCGAAAAAUCCCGAUUUUCCUCGGGACAGUUACGAUCCGUUCACGCUAAAAAACAUGCGGGAUGCAGCUGAGUUCAAGGCAGAAUUUCGUGUUGAAAAAAAAUGAUCUCCACAGGCUUGCCGAAGCCUUUUAAAUUACAGGAACAUUAAAAUGCUACCAAGGAACCGUAUUCUUAGUUUGGUAUUGAAAUAAGUCCCGGGAAAUACUUGCAUGCAACAACAACAACAACAACGGUAUCAACUUUAUUUCAGUAUUCCCACGCCGAGUUAGUACAUGGUAUUACCUACUAUUCUAUAUAAUUUUCAAUGCGUUUCAUUUAUACGAUAUUCUAACGAAAAGAGCGAACUAAAAACACACAAUUGAAAUAUCGGAGUUCAUAUUUUUUGUCUGGAUACUUUUAUUUGGCUCGUAGCAAAAUUUUGUCCAUGUCAAGCUCGCUUACGGUUGGCUGUUUGCCAAGUUGGAUCUUGACCGUGUGACAUGAAAACAUAGAAACAUCCAAAGAUGUAAGUUUAGAUAACAGAGCUUGGAAAUCGAGCUUGAAAUGUGCCUCAAAGAAAACAAGGACAAUUUAAGAACGAUAAUCUGCAAAAUGUUGGUUGCUAAACGCAACAAACCUGAUUGAAAUGAAAGUUAAACACUCACGUUUUCGCCACAACGCCAAACAGACCAGUUUCACGUCGCCGACGGGACCACGACGGCAAGGUGGUGAGCACGAGCAUGCGCAAUAUCCAACAAAUGAUGAUGUCACGUCCGGUUGAAGUUGCCGUCGCCCCGAAAACGUCUCUAUCUUAAGUUCCCUAAUAUGGCCGCCGGAAAUCAACCAAAACAUCUUGAGUUUACUUUUUCUAUAAAAGCUCUCUCUUUUCACUCGAGAACUAGCGUACGUACGCAUAAACAUAUCUUCUAAUACUUGAAGUGGUUAUAUUGCUGAAAAUCAAGAGGAGAGACCUUUUUUCAAGGAGACCGCAUUCCUAUUUUGGUGUCACGCACUGCGUAAACUCGGAAGUUCAAAUUGCUGUAUUUUCGAAAUGAAACAUGAUGCUAAGGAAAUGGAAACUUGUACAAAGAUUCACUUUUUGUUUAUCUUCAACCUAGUGUAAAUAAAAAUUCGUAAAACCUCGCUAUUUUGACCUUACAAUUUGAUGACGUCACAGUGAAAACCAUCUAUAGUCUAUACUGUUUACUGCGCCUUACUCUUACGGGCAGGUAUUGUUCUAGUUUCAAUAAAGAGGUUAACAUUGACUAGAAUAUCAAGUUAACUAAAAGAGAGAAACUAUGUGAGGCAACUGAUACAAAAACAAUCGAACAAUUCGUUAGUUACAUUUUGAUUUGUGGAUCUAUUUUGACCUGCGGAACAUUAAAUAAUUUACCGGCUAUUUUAAAAGUAUUUUCGGGUGACUGACCGACUGACCUACUGCAUAUCCACCUGACAACCGUCAUGGUAAUGGCCAAAUUACCCAUCAACUGACCGGCUGACUAGCCUGUUCCAGGCGUUCAAAUUGUAAGGACAGAGCAAAGAGAUGUGAGCAGGAUAAACAGCGAGGGGUGGGGUAAAUGCCCUCUCCCUCUCUCCCUUAUUUUUUUCCUCCGCUCUCUGGCUUCGCGCCGCACUCCACUAUCUUAACGCUUAUAACAGGCUACUGACUGACAAGUGUGUAGUAUGGUUCUUACCUGACUCGCGUCGCACUGAUCCCCGGCCCAUUUUCAGUAGCUAUGUACUGACUGAUUGUGAAAACUGUACACCAUCCCUUUAGGUGGAAAUGGUCUCAAUUCUCCGCUAAUGACAACAUCAACAGCAGAUGCAGCCACAAACUCUGCACAAAACGCUCACCCAGAGAGCAAUGUUCCGCGUUCCACUUAUAUCAUAGACACUGAUUCUGGUGCUAAGCGCACUGACCAGCUUACAGGGCAAAGCAAAGCUGAUGUAGCGAGUGAUAGUUCGACAACAAAUAGCAGCUUCAUCACAGGAUAUACAAGUGCUUCCGGCAGUAACAAGCCUACCUUACCUGCAGAAAAUAUCAGCUCUGUUUCAUUUUGA